UAGGAUGUGCUGGAAAACAAAUCCAUGGAGGCCUCACCUCACAACCUACAGGACUCAACCACUUCCGCUGUAUAUAAAAACAGCCGGACAGUGGCAGUCCAGGGGCGGGUUGCCGUUCAUAAACAGCACCCGCCAUUAUGGACUGUGCACGCUCCCUGGGAGCGCGCGCACCUCCCCGUCGUACGGGACCUCUGUGCGAGAUCCCGAUCAUGUGAUCACUGAUUGGCCAAUCAGUGAUCACAUGCAGAGUAGUAAGCAAGAUGUCACUUAUGACAUCAUUGCUUACUACGUGUAAAAUCUGUGAAUGAUCACAGAGAUCACAUGGUACAGGGC